UAGCUAAACCAAAUAUUUUCUUAAGCAUUAAUUUACAAGAUGAUGUUGAAUUUUUAACACAUAUUGAUCCAAUACGCUUUGGACAUGUAGAUAAUCCAAAUUAUGAUGCAAUUGAUAAUAUUUCUGAUGAUGAUUAUUUACAAUUAAUAAAUGAAAAUAGCGGGCUUGUAGCACGAAUGUGCCACAAGCGAAUGCUUGCAUUUGAAAAAUUUAUCAGUGACAAAAAACAUCCUUUUUUCAUCGAUUAUACCGUUACAAAUUAUUUUUUUAAAAUUGAAUUUCAACGUGGUGGUCUUCCGCAUUUACAUACUCUACUCUGGCUUGAUAACUUUCUUUCUAUUGAUACAUCUGAAGGACGUGAAGCUAUUAUUGAAUUCAUUGAUAAGUUUCUCGAUACAUCAUUACCAAACAAAGAAACAGAUCCCGGAGGUCAUCGACUUGUAAAAAAGAAACAAACAUACAUUCAUGCGUUUACUUGUUCAAAAGGUAGCGUUAAAGUUCGUAUUCGUCGAGGUCGUAAAUUUAAAGAUGAAGAAACAUCAAAGAUUAUCAAAGCAAAUCAUUUAAAAGAUAUUAAUAAAAAUUAUUUACAUGAAAAUAAAAUAUAUGAACAAAUAGAUCCCGAGAAAGAUCCCGAUCUACUACAACAAUUAAAAGAUAAGAAAGAAUUUUUUGAACGAUUAGGGUGUCGCUUUGGAAGUCCUUUCAGUUUGGCUAAUGAAAGUCACUUUCGCAGUUAUAAAGAAGCACGUAUAUUAACAAGAGGAGAUCGAGAUAUCAUUAUAAAAAGAUUAACUGAAGAGGUAUAA